CAGGUCUGAUGUCCUUUCUCUCUCUCUGUCCACAGUGCUGCCCUGGAGGUGGAGCUUUCUGAUGACUCCUUUCCUCCCGAGGACUUUGGGAUUGUAUCAGGGAUGCUGAAUGUGAAGUGGGACAGGAUUGCUCCAGCGAGCAACGUAUCUCAUACGGUGGUGUUGCGCCCCCUGAAGGCUGGGUACUUUAACUUCACCUCUGCCUCCGUCAGCUACGUGGCCCAGGAAGGAGGGCAGGUUGUGGUGGGCUACACCAGCGCCCCCGGCCAGGGCGGCAUCCUGGCUCAGAGGGAGUUUGACCGGCGCUUCUCCCCACAUUAUCUGGACUGGGCUGCGUUUGGGGUGAUGACUCUGCCUUCCAUCGGGAUUCCUCUGCUCCUCUGGUACUCCAGUAAGAGGAAAUAUGACUCUCCAAAAACCAAGAAGAACUAAGGACUGGUUCCCGGGGGGUGGGGGGGGGGACUCGAAGUAAAGGUGGUGAUGGACAGUUACCAGGAAAAAACGAUCCGAGGAGUGGAAACAUGUCUACGGUUAGGUGGUCUGGAUGGAAGAACUUGGGUUUCUACUUUUCCACUGAUGUAAAAUCAUGUAAUUGUUAUGAAUUUAAUGUAAUAAUUCUGUUCAAUUACAAUAAUUUUUUUUUUU